AGAGAGAGAGGGAGGGAGGGGUUAACAGCUGUGAGGUAGGAGAGAGAGAUAGCACGGUACUCGCUUGUUACCUAGAGGGGGUGGCAGAGCAAGGGAGAAAGGAGGCAAGAGAGCUGCUGUGUUAUGUAUCACUGCUGGUGACCACCAGCACACAGCAAACUGACAAGGGGGACGAGUACGGAGGGCGAGGCUGCUGCUGCUGUAACCAUGGCGCAGCCGUCUCCGAGCACAUCUCCAAGUGCCCGUCGCCGUAGCAAUGGCUCAGUGAGAGAGUGUCUAUUCUUCCCUGUUUCUGAACGCAACGAGCAGGAGAGGCUGGAGGUCCUGGUCCGCCAGAGAGCUGGAGGUGCUGAGAGAGAAGGAGGAGGAGAGGCCCGGAACCACCUGGACAACAGGCCCAAGCGAUGGACAUGGGGAGGGCCGCCUGAUGGAGCUGAGGGUAACCCUAUGACCCCACCCUGCCAUGCCAUUGGCUCCGCUCAGCCCAAUGAGCUUCCUGCUGCUUCCAGUGCCAGCAAACCCCGUAACGUUGUUGACUUCCUGUCUCCACCUGCCACGGAUGCACCAAUGAGCAAACAGCUGUCCAGCUCUGCUGCUGCCCUUCACUCCCCAGAGAGAGCUUCCCCCAACAACCACAGACCAUACAGAAGUUCCUCCAACCGAAGGAGCAUCGCUGGACUCCCCGAGGAGACGCCCAGGGCCAAAACACCCACGGGGGAGACUCCGAACACACCAGUCCGCAGUGCUUCCUUCAGGGCCAACAGCAAGGGCCCUGCCACACCGAAACGGGUGAGGUCAACCAGGAGUGGUGCCCAGUCUCCCUGCUCCCCCAGCCAGUAUCCCCCCUCCCCGCUCCGUCAAAGAGCCGCCACCCCCAGCACCGAUGACAAGGCAAACGUUGAGGUCAAAGGUCAUGGCACCUUGGAGAGGAAAUCAACCAAAUCUGACAACUCGGAGAAGAAGAUCCCCAAAUCCACCAGCAGAGAACUGACAGCAGAGUCUCCGGGCGCACCCACAGGCAGGAGUGUCGGGGGGACGACGGAUGCUGAGGAGGCAUCCAAACUGCUGGCAGAGAGACGGCGCCUGGCCCGGGUGCAGAAGGAGCAGGAGGAGAGACAGCGACAGGAGGAGGACAGGCUGAGAGCAGAGGAGGAACAUCGGAGGCAGCAGGAAGCGAGAGAGCGACAGGAGAGAGCGGCACGCCAGGCCGAAGAGGAGAGAAUGAGGCGGGAGGAGGAGAGGAGGAACAAGGAGGAAGAGGAGCGACGACAGAAGGAGCAGAGAUGGAAGGACAUGCAGGAGCAGCUGGACAGAGAGAGGGAGGAGGCCUUCCUGCGAGCCCAGAGGGAGGCUGAGAGGAAAAGGCAGGAGAGGGAGCUGCUGCACAUCCAGGAGGAGCAGGAGAGGCUGCAGAGGAAGAAGAGAAUUGAGGAGAUUAUGAAAAGAACAAGGAAGAGCGAGGUGGAGCCUCCAUCUGGUGCCUCAGCAGAGGGUGUGGUUGCUGUGGAGGAGGACGCCCAGACUCCCGCUGAACCUCCCCUCAUCACGCUGGGACCCCUGGAGAACAAGAGCUGCAUGGACGAGCUGUCUGAUGGAGUCCAGUCCAUGGACGUCAGCUCUCCAUCUGUCUCCAUCAGCCCAGUGUCCAGGGACGAGCAGGUGAGCGCUCAGGAGUUUUCACCCGUCACCGAGGGAACAGACGGCUGCCCCCUCGAACACCUGAUGGGCCUCGACAGCCAGACUCCAGGACAGCCACAGGGUGCAGAAACACCACCGUACCCCAAACUGCAGGCCAGCAGCGGGGUCGGGGACCUCAACAAGAACCUGCUGAUCCAAGCGUACAGCGCUGCCUCUGAAACCUCCCAGCUCAUCCACAGCGUCGGCCCGAGCAAGGUGGACAUCUAGCAGCCAGAACCAUUUUCAGGAGCAGGCUCAGUUGAAACAGGAGAAACGGAGCAGGAGAGCGUCACCGUCAUUUGCAACAACAGCCAUCAUUUCUACCUGGAACAACCCGAUUUCUCAUCUGUUACCCAACCACACACACUGGUCACUUACUGACACAGUGUGAAUGGACCGUUCUGACUUUUAGAAACACAACAUAAUGUGACAGAAUCAUGCAAAUAAUGUAAAGUAAGCUUCUUGACGUGAUAAUGAGACAACGGAUUGCGAUCUUGCAUGUUUGUCACCUGAGAAAGUUUCAUCAGCUUUAUUCACCUAAAACUUAACCAAGAGCCGAACCUUUGUUUAAUGCUGUACAAACUAAUAAGCAUAAGCUGGAGACUGAACUAGUUCAUGUCAGCUCAGCUCUGCACACAUUAACCCACCUGUCAUAACAACCAGUACAUCUCCAAUAUUGUCCAGCUGCAUUGCCACAAAAUAUCACUCAACUAUAAUGUGCUUGAAUGUGUCAGCCCAGCUUUGUAAAGCUGUAUUUAGACCUGACCGGGUGGAUGAGACUGACUCUGUAGCAGUUUAUCCGGAGGAAGCCGUGACACAGACGCUGUUUAGUUUGAAUGCUAAGCAGUGGCUUCACUGAGGACGAGCCGGCCAAGUUGUUUUAUGGCUGUGUUCUUCUCCUUCUCAUCGGUGGUUCUGAUGGUUCCUGUAUGUUGAUCUCGCCGCCAACCUGCCGUAAUGCUCACAGCCACUCUUGCUUCUGUACAGUCCCCAUCUGCUGUAGAUUUCCUGUCAUCCCCUUGCAGGAGAAAACCAUCAGCACCUGAUACUAAUGUCCCACUGAUGAUCCGUAACACCUAGCCUAUAGCUGUGGUUUCUCUGCUGCUCGUCAUUUGAUUGAUGGACGUUUUGUGGACCAGCACUGAUCCACAGUGAGGUUAUAACGACAGCCUGUGGUACAAGGAUUAAAAAAAGCCCUAUUUUUAGCUGCCAGCCAGGAAAAUAAUGACAGUGUGUUGUGUGUUUGCUUGGCUGCAGUUUAUAGCAUGCCCCUCUUAUACGAGUUGUUUUAAUAGUUUCACUGCUCUGAAAACACAUAUAUUGCAGCUCAGCUCAUUCCUGCAGUUCAAAUAUACCUCACUGAUUCAGACCAGACUCUGGUGUUGACCUUCUCACAGCUCAUCACCUUUGAGCCCUUAAACCUCUGUGCAGUCAACAUCCUUCCCUACUGCACCUUCCACCUGCGCGUUACCCUCAG